GGGAAGCUCACACCGGCUGUGAUGCGUAGCUCUGCUGGCUGAACAACACUUCUGUGGGAUAAAACCUCCCGGUCACAUUUAACCGCUUCCUGUGUUCCGCGAGGACAGAGCAAUGCGUUUGUAGCGCGUGCCAUUAUCGCCCGCGAGUUUGCUUCUUCACAGACAUAUUUUGGCGGUGCCCUAACUUGGAGCCGUUUUGGAUGUUGAGCAAGUUUUUUUAUUUUUUUUAUUGUAUUUACUUGAAUUACAUUUGAGUCGUUUACUUGGAGCCAAAAAAAAUAAAAGCCCCGGACGAGAAGAUGGAGCGUGAGAAGUACUUGCCGGAGCUUAUGGCAGAGAAGGACACGCUGGAUCCGUCUUUUCAGCACUCCCUGCGGCUACUGGAUCAAGAGAUUGAAAAAGUUCAGAAAGACGAAGACAAGGAUGAGGAGAAGUUCAUCGACGUCGUCAUCAACAAGAACAUGAAACUGGGCCAGAAAAUUUUAAUACCAGUCAAGCAGUUUCCUAAAUUUAACUUUGUCGGCAAACUCCUCGGGCCACGCGGGAACUCGUUAAAGAGACUACAGGAGGACACUCUCACAAAGAUGUCAAUUCUCGGAAAAGGAUCCAUGAGAGACAAAGAAAAGGAAGAAGAGCUGCGGCAGAGCGGCGAGGCCAAAUAUCAACACCUGAACGAAGACCUGCACGUCCUCAUCGAGGUGUUCGCCCCGCCGGCUGAGGCCUACGUCAGAAUGGGUCACGCUCUGGAGGAGAUCAAGAAGUUUCUCAUACCAGAUUACAAUGAUGAGAUAAGACAGGCCCAGCUGCAGGAGCUCACGUACCUGAAUGGCGGCUCGGAGGACGCCAAGGUGCCGUCGGUGAGGGGCAAGUCAGCCCCACGUGCAAGAGGGACACCUGUUCCAGGGCCUCCCAGGACUCGAGGAGGAGUCCCUCCGCUGCAUGCGGCGGUGCCCCGAGGAGCAGCACCCAGAGGAGCCCCACCCAGUCGGCCUCCAUCUUCCAGAGGGAGGGGGGUUCAGAGAGCCAGAGGCGCCCCCCCAACCGUCGGAUACCGGCCGGCUCCUCCCAUAGUUCAGGAAACAUAUGGCGAAUAUGAAUAUGACGACGGCUACGGAACAGCUUAUGAUGACCAAGGAUAUGAAUCGUAUGACAACAACUACAGUAAUCAAGGACAGAACUCAGAUGACUACUAUGAAUACGACCACAGUGGGGAAUCGUAUGAUUCGUAUGGUCUGGAAGAGUGGGCAAACAAUCGCAGCAAGGCACCGCCAGCACGAACAACCAAGGGAGUGUACAGAGAUCAGCCAUACACCAGAUAUUGAACUGUUUAUACAACCUGCACCUGAGUCCUCAUGGCUGUUUCAACCCAAGUAAUGGAUUUUUUAUGGACGCUCCCACCUUUUUAGAAUUGAAAACUAAACCGCAAAAUAAUACAAAUGAAUAGUGAGACACUGAAUGAGUAAAAACUGGUUUCUAAAAAUGGCAUCCCCCUGAUUAAUGAAAAAAAAACAUCCUCCCACUGGUUAAACUGUGUAAAGCAAUUUAGGUAAUCUAUCCUUUCUUCCAGGACAAAUCGACUGGAUGUUGAGAUAAAGACUCCAUAGUACAUUAAGUUUCUCUCUCAGCUAUGUGGUUGUGAAGAAAGACGUUGUACCAAAGAUAUUUGACUUGGUAAUGAUUAGUGCAUCACUACAAGCCGUUGGUACAAUAUUUCUACGCAGCUGUCAGUGCAACUUAAUGAAUACCCACUAUUCUGCAAACCUUGAGCUGCGUGGUUGAUCACUUUAAAAUGUAGUAGCUUAGUUAUAGGAAAGUGAAGUACUGUAGAUAUUUCUUCUGAGGGGUAAUUGGUGAAAUUGUGUCCCGUGUAAAUGAAACAUUUACAAACUGAAAAAGAGAAAAGUCAUACUGUAUACAUAUUGUUUUGCUGUUUCCUCCUUUUUGUAAAAUAAUAGUUAUUUAGUGUUAAAGGGCUUAUAAAAGCAUGGUGUGCAACUGUGGAUAUUGUCAGCUGUUUUAUUCUGAAAGCCUAUGUAGUUGUGUUCAUGAUUAUGCCCCUAAACAUCCACUUUAACACAUCUAUAAAUAGCUGCUCAUACUUUAUGUACACCGAACAACCAGAGCUGCAAAAUAGCUUUUUAAUUUUUGUGAUAAUUUUUUUAGAUGCUCUAAAUAAGUAAUUUUGAUGUCAUUUUUUGAUUUGAUACCAGAUGCUUUUCUGACUUUGUAGGCAUAAAAUUCAAUUUUGAGAAACCUAAUCACAUGCUGGGGAAGUGGAAAUCAUUUCCAUCUAGAGAUAUGUUCAACUAUAAUGAUUUUGAGCUUAUGUAAGCCCUUUAAUAUUUUCUUCUUUGUUGAUGCUGAAUAAACAUUUUGAAAGAAACCACUUGUGUUCGAGAGAAUAAUUAUGGACUCAUAAAUAA